AUGGAUUCCGGCUCCCAUAAGAUCUAUCAUGUACACGGUUACGAUUCUAGACAAUUCCUGGAACAUUAUUUUUCAGAUAAACCUGAUAUGGUCUUUAAAGAGGAUUCCUUUAUAUUUCCUAUAGAAAAUCUUGAAAAAACCUUUGCAGAGGGACAUAUUAGUGGAGAUGUUCUGAUUGACCUCAGCGCUGGUCCCGUGGCCCAUCAUCUGUUUUCAGCCUGUAAGUUUUUCAAGCACACCAUAGUCCUGAAGAACUACCUUAAUCUGUUUGCUCUGUGCUCGAUUGAUAAAGCCUGGUCCUGCCAGGUUUUAUCUUUCCCAGAGCUGCAGCCAGCACAGGAGGAGAGUGACCAGUUACAGGACAAAGUAGGGAAUGUGAGAUCUGUCGUUGAACAUGUUAUGAAAUGUGACCUUGAAAAAGAAAAUAUGACGGAUCCGAUAAUCUUACCGCCAGCAGAUUGUGUCAUGAGCGGUUGGCUCCUGGAUGAGAUCAGCAAAGACAAAGAUGAUUACAGGAGAUAUCUUAAGAAGAUCUCAUUGUUGCUAAAGCCUAGAGGACACCUCAUAUUAUUAGGGGCUUUAGAUAUGACAUAUUUCACAGUUGGAAAAGAUAAGAUUCGUGGUUUCAGAUAUGAUGAGGAUUUUGCCCGGAAAGCUCUAGUUGGAGAAGGGUUUGUGAUAGAUAACUGUGUGGUUAAGAAGAGAACUGUAGAGAGUGAUCUUACUGACUAUAAGGGCGUCCUAUUUGUUGCUGCUCACAAGAAGUAA